CUUUCGGUUUUAGCCGUAUAAUUUUAGUGACAGAUCUGACAGCAAGCCAAGCAUUUGCAACUCGAUUCAGUUGUAGUAAAUGGUGUAUUUGGGUGUAUUAGUUAUCAACUAAAAAUGGCCCCGCAUAGAAAAGUAUCUUUGUAUCAAAUGGAAAUACUGGCGAAGUUCGCUGAAACAAAUAAACAUGUUGCGUUGGGUCGCGCUACUUUUUCAACACCACUGUGCCAACAGGAUGCAAGAUUAGCUUGGGAAACAGUAUCUAAAAAGCUUAACGCAGCUGGGACGAAGAAAACGCCUGAACAGUGGCGUAGGUACUGGGUAGAAUAUAAAGCCAAGCUCAAAACUAAGGCAGCAGACCAAAGACGAGGAACCCCUUUAAGCAGGAGAUUAUUGCCUUUAACUGAUUUAGAGCAGCGAUUCCUAGAAAUAAUUGGUUAUGUGUCUACUGAAACUGAAGAACGCGAUGCAGACUUUACAAAAACGCAAACAAAUACUGCUGGAGCUUCGAGAGUUAAAUCCCAGCGUCCUUCACUAGAGGUGGAAUGGCUGGACUAUGAAACUGGAUCUGACGAGGAAUUGGUGGAGGAUGAGGAGGAUAGAUCUCAGUCGGAAGAGCCUCAGGAGUCUGGACCUGAUGAGAUACACCUGAUUUCAGAUGAAGAAGAUGAAAUGGCAACAGGUCCUUUUAAAGAAAGAUGGAAGAACUUAUUAAAAAAUGACACCGACGAUAGCUCUUGUACAAACCGAAAAUUGAGUAAGAGGAUCAAAAUGGAAGAUUUUGAGUCGGAUCAAAGUUAUAAGCGCUCCAGAAGAAUAUCAGAGACAGAUCUUAUACAAAAUAAUAGUGUUAAUACUUCGACUGAACAUGAUAAUAAAAAACCACAUUUCCACAAGAAAAAUAAGUCUGAUGUUCAAGACCCAGAUUUAUUAUUUUUUCAUAGUAUACUGCCAGAAAUGAAGGAGAUGACUCCUGAACAAAAACGACAGUUUAAGAUGGGAGUCUGGUCUUUAGCAAAUCAAAUUUUAGAGGGAAAUACGUUGAACUUCCCUUUUGGACAUAAUUCUGAAUUCAGUCAGGAUCAUCAAAAUACAAGCAAAUAUCAAAGUUCUACGACGAAAGUCACAACUAAAGAUGAAAUUGAUUAUUGAAUAAUGACGAAAAUAAUCAUGGUAGUAGUUUAUAAUAGGUAAUAUAAAAUAAAACUAUUUAUAAUCUUUAGUAAA